GAGCAGAGCUGAGCCUGCAUACCACUGCUGCUGACGACUGCUCUGAUCCCACACAAACACACACACACAAAGGCACACUUCACUCACUAACGUCACACACACUCAUCAUACCAGACUCACAGAGGCGCUGAAACUCAGAGCAGUGCUGGGAGAUGCAACCGGCUGGCAGCCACUGACACCCUUCAGAGCUCAGUCGAUCUGGACACACCGUGCCUUCACCUACAGCGAGGCCCGACACACUCCUACAGCACAGAGGACGAACACUUGACAAGAUACAAUACAGUGACCUCCAGCAGUUAGACGGCACCUGAUCCCACAUCCUUCACAGAAAAGGGAACCUGACUCUGGGACAGGAAAAAGGAGCGAUCAUACCCCACCACUGAAACACGACCCACUGGACGGAGAGACAGAGGGGCUGACGGUCGUCUCUGACACCCGUGGACAAGAGGCAGGAUGCUAGCCAAAAUCCUCGAGGACAUGUGGGUGGAACCCGAGGUGCUGGAGGCCCUCAGCGAGGAGCAGAAGAGGAUCCUCUUCUUGAAAAUGAGAGAGGAGCAGGUUCGCCGCUGGGCAGAGCGGGAGGAGAGGGAGGAGAGGGAAGGAAGAAACAAUGAGAACACCAGGCCAAAGAAAGCUGACAACAAACAUGUGAGAUGGCUGCUUGGUCGGGACGGAGACGUGAGCGUCAGUGUGAUCGGAGAGAUGGAUGAGUUCAGGUCCUCCAAACUCCUCCAGAGCCUCAUGAACAACAGAGUCCACAGUGAUAAUAUGAAUGGCAUCCAGACGGUGGACUUGCUGCCAGGAAGAGAGGCCCAGCAGCUCGGCUUUAAAGAAGACGUCCAGCUGUCCCUCACAGAUGUUAGCGAUGACUCAGCUUCAGCACACGACCAGUGGUCUGAGGAGGACUCCUGCAGCACUGACGACGACCCCAAGGACCCUGCGGAGGACAGCGGCGGUGAAUCAGGCGGCAGCUCGGACAACCUCAGCAACUGGACUCAUCACUGCAGGCCCCAUCUUAGUAGCCAUGGAGACCGGCCGCUGCUCAAAGCCCAGCUGUCAGACGCAGAGAGGACCGACACACGGGACAGAGAGAUCGUGCGCUGUGAAGAGACAAAGUCAGACUAUGGAAGCCGCGUGGCGCAGCUCAGGAAGGCGUUCGCAGAUGAUCCCCACAGCAAACCACCUGCCUACACCAAACCUCCUCUACCUGCCAAACCUGCUCACCUACAGAUGAGAAGCACACCUUUGAUCCAGUGAGACUGAAGGUGUGUCCAGCCUGUUACGAGACGACACUGUGACUCCACAGAGGCAGAGCCUACUGUACUGAGUGUGCCGAAAAUAAUGGCUCAGUUGGACACCCUUGAUCCAGGCUGAGGCCACUUACACUGGCGGAGAAGGAUCCUUACUUGAACCUGAGCAGUGAACUGAGAUACACUUUUGUUAGGCCUCCAUUCACGAGCCGACCUGCAGACAGAGAAACGUCUGCAGGGGUGGAGUGAGAGAAAGACUUGAAAGCUUUUCAACUGAAGUCAACCUGAAUGAUAAAAUGAAGCAGCUUUGAUGUUGCUGAGUUCAAAUACGCUCACAUAUUUUGUGUGAUUGACAGGCAGACGCAGAGAGAGAUGACCAGACUCACACAGACUAUUGACUACAGGUGGAGAAACACUGUGGUUCAUGUAUUAAAUGAGUGUUAAUGGUGUUUUAGUAUUCAGAGGUCAUAAGCAGAGGUUACUGGGAACUUAAACAUGUAUUCGCUUUUUAGGAAAAUCAUAUCCAGGUCCGUUUGUGAUGUUCAAAGUCUUUAAACUGUUUUAAAUGUUGUCCAUGUAACUUGUCAUUGUACUGUUUUAACACCACUGACUUCAUCCACUAUAACAAUCACAAUGGUGCAGGGUUUGGGGAUAAAAUUAAAGGACUGAAUUCAUGGUCAACAAUAAACAGACUGUAACUAUCUA